GGACCCAGCUGUGGCCGUUGUGCUGUGCUGGAGGAUCCUGUGAUCCCAAAACCCCGUUCUGCUCCCCGGGACCCCAAAACCUCCCUUCUGCUCCUUGGGAUCCCAAAGCCGCGGCGAUGGACGAGGAGAGGCUCAGCGACAAUGUGAGGCUCUAUAAAGGAGGCUCCAUCCGGCAGGGGCUGCGAUCCUUCGCUGCUGUUUACGUCCUCCUGGCGCUCUCCUUCCUCCUCCUCACCCUGCUGAGCUCCGUCUCAUUAGCCAGAAUUGCUGCUCUCUCCUCCAAGCUCAGCACUCUGCAGUCGGAGCCGAAGCACAACUUCUCCAGCCGGGAUUCCCUCCUGUUUCCCUGCGGAGCGCAGUCCCGGCAGUGGGAAUACUUUGAAGGGCGCUGCUAUUACUUCUCGCUGAGCAGAAUGAGUUGGCACAAAGCGAAGGCGGAGUGCGAGGAGAUGCACUCCCACCUCAUCAUCAUCGACAGCUAUGCCAAGCAGAACUUCGUUAUGUUCCGGACGAGGAACGAACGUUUCUGGAUCGGUUUAACGGAUGAGAACCAGGAGGGCGAAUGGCAGUGGGUGGACGGCACCGAUACCCGCAGCUCCUUCACCUUCUGGAAGGAGGGCGAACCCAACAACAGGGGCUUCAAUGAGGACUGCGCCCACGUGUGGACCUCGGGGCAGUGGAACGACGUCUACUGCACCUACGAGUGCUACUACGUGUGUGAGAAACCCCUCCCCAAGUGAGGAACCCCAAAAAGAUCCUUUUUUUUGCCUUAAUUUAUACUCUCCAGCCCAUGGCCUGCGGGUUCCUGCUCACAGAGGGUGAAUAAAGGAGGGCUGGUGCUCCA